AUGUCAGGUAAGCGUCUAUUAGACGCCAUCCAAUUCCUCAAUGUCUCCAAAACGGUAGCUGCAAAACACCUCUCCAUCCGGCAACACCAGCUAGAUGUCUACACCCGCACGUCGUCCCUGACCAAGGGCAUCAAAGCCCAAACAGAGGGCCUAAUCCUGACCGCACAAGCUGCGGCCGCUCUCGCGCGCCGAUUCGAUGAACCUUCGCCACCCAGCGACUCGGCCAACUCCCACACACCCCCGUCCGCCGAUCUAGGCACGUCGGCGUCGACAUCGGCCAAUACAACCACUACUACCACCACCACCAACACCGCCGGUGUAACAUCAACUUCGCCACCGCCGGAUCAAGCUCGCAGACUACAACGCCAGGCCGAGUCACAGGUCCCGGCUCAGACGGCACAGUAUGUCGGCGAUGAGAAACCCGACGCAUUGAAUGUCAGUAAGCAGCAGGAUGUCUUCUAUCAACCGUCCAGUCAGUCGGCGCCUGAUUUGUCAAGCUUGCCGAGGGUCAAGGUACCCAAGGUUGCAGGUGGUGAACAGGUCGUAGGGGACGGGUUGAAUGCCGAUGUUUUCCACUCCCCUGUUGAGUCGGAGACAGCCAAAAAGGUCGAGGCGGGCGAGGAGUUGUCCGAGGAGAUGAUUCAGGGUUUGUUUCACAGCCCACGGGUUUCUCGUAUGAUGUCUGGCAAGCCGGCGCCGAGGAGGGAGUGGAAGUUGGCAGAGACCAAGCCUGUGAAAUCUGAGACCCAGGAAAUGGAGGAGUUGGCUGCUAGUGUUGCUGAAGAUGUCGUGCCCAGUGCCGAGACUGUGGGCAUGCCUCAGACAUACCAGAUGUUGGAGUCGCGUGUGCCUUCUUCUCGUUUGGGCCGGUUAUGGCAGUAUGGUGGCCUGGCUACCUCGAUGGCUUUUGGUGCCGUCGGCGAAGGUUUCCGACGGGCUACUGGAAGUCAGGACAGCGGGUCGAUCAUGUUCAGUCCUGGUAAUAUGGAACGCAUGGUGGCUAAGCUGUCCAAGAUGCGUGGUGCGGCUCUCAAGCUAGGACAGAUGCUGAGCAUUCAAGACUCCAACAUGCUCCCCGAACCAAUCCAACAAGUCCUCCAGCGCGUCCAAGAUCGCGCAGACUACAUGCCCGCCUGGCAGCGCGACAAGGUCCUGACCGAUAACCUCGGACCAAACUGGCGCGAUCUGUUCACAACCUUCAACGAGGUCCCCAUGGCCGCCGCCUCAAUCGGCCAAGUCCACUCGGCCGUCCUGGCCAGCACCGGUGAGCCCGUCGCCGUCAAAGUGCAAUACCCAGGCGUAGCCGACUCAAUCGACUCGGACCUGAACAACCUCUCCAUUCUCCUAACAGCCUCCCGCCUCCUCCCUAAAGGCCUCUACCUCGACAAGACAAUCGCCAACGCACGCACGGAACUCGCCUGGGAAUGCGACUAUAUCCGCGAAGCCGAAGGCGCCAAAAAAUUCCGCUCCCUCCUCGCCGACGACCCCGUCUUCGUGGUCCCAGAAACAAUCCCCUCGGCCUCGGGAAAACAAGUCCUAACAAUGGAAAUGCUAAACGGCGUAGCCGUAACCAAAAUUCAAGACUUCACCCAAACCCAACGCGACUGGAUCGGCACCCAGAUAAUGCGCCUCUGCCUCCGCGAAAUCAUCGAAUUCCACUACAUGCAAACAGACCCCAACUGGACAAACUUCCUAUACAACGCAGCAACAAACAAACUCGAACUCCUCGACUUCGGCGCCUCCCGCGCCUACCCCGAAAAAUUCAUCUCGACCUACGUACGCACCCUCGUCGCAGCAACCCGCAACGACAAAAAGACCUGCCACGACCUCUCCAUCGAAUUGGGUUAUCUAACCGGAAUGGAAUCACCCGCCAUGGUCGACGCGCAUCUUUCGUCGAUGACGACCCUCGCCGAACCGUUUAUGCUUUCUUCGCCUGAUUUGUAUGAUUUCAGUAAUCAGACUAUCACGGAUCGCGUGCGCGCGCUUAUUCCACUUAUGAUUCGUGAGCGGUUGGCGCCGCCUCCUGAGGAGACUUAUAGUUUGCAUCGGAAGUUGAGUGGGGCUUUCUUGCUUUGUGCUAGGCUUGGGAGUGCUGUUCCUUGUAAGCAGUUGUUCGCAGAUGCUUUCGACGAGCUUAUUACCGAGCUUAAAGACUUUGAGAGAUCACUAGAUCGUGAUACUAAGACCCAAAAUGUUCUCUCUAUUCCUGCAACUGGCGCUGGUGUUGAGCGAUUAUUCAACUCUGCUCGCGAUGUCUGUCACUAUCGUCGCGGCUCACUUAAGUCCUCUACUAUCCGAGAGCUGAUGAUAUUUAUGUGCACGGAAAAGUUUGAUAUUGAAGAAAAACAACUCGCGUCCCUACGGGAUUAUAGAACCGGGGAAGAGAAGAAGUUGGAUGCUGAAGAGGAGCACAGUCUAGACCAAGAAGCGCUUGAACCGAUCCGCGACAAUGAGGAAGACACAUGCGCGAGUUCACAAAGGCCAGAUAGCCGGCCAGCUUCUAAUAAACGGCAGCGAAGGGCUGCGCAUCCAUGCUCUAGGAAACAGCACGAAGAAACGCAGAAUAUCACUAUCGAAUCAGAUCAAGAUGAAAAUCAUGAUAAUACUGAUGACGACGAUGACGUGCCUUUGCCUAAUCAGCACAAUACUCAGCAGCGAACGUCAGGACGAGCUCGGAAGAUUCCAAAAUCAUUCGAAGGGUAUGAUAUUAGUCACAGUUAG